AUAUGCAAGUGUCGUGUGUGGUGUAUCUUUGAUUGGAGCUGCUUUGAUAUCUUACUGCUUUCAGCUUUGCAUUUGUAGUGUCGGUCACAUAGAGAAAUUUCGUAUAGCGAAAGUUUGAGUGUUUGGAGCGCAGUAUGUUGCGUAUUGCGUUGAGACAGUUGCAUCACACGCCAAAGGUUAACAACGAUAUAUAUUUGGAUUCUGCGGCAAGGUCAUGUGCUGCCCUAUCUUCCCACUGUCGGUUUCAGUCAACUGUAGCACAGCAAUCAAAAGCAAAUGCUGUACCUGCAACUAGAAAACCAUAUUCUCCAUUUCAAAACACUAGCAACUUGGCUGAAUAUGCGUUGGCAAGGCUGGACGACCUGCUUAAUUGGGGACGGAAGGGUUCUCUGUGGCCACUGACAUUUGGCUUGGCUUGCUGUGCUGUGGAAAUGAUGCAUAUUGCAGCUCCUCGCUAUGAUAUGGACCGAUUUGGAGUUGUUUUCCGUGCCUCACCAAGACAGGCAGAUGUUAUUAUAGUCGCAGGAACUCUCACCAAUAAAAUGGCACCAGCUCUUCGAAAAGUUUAUGACCAGAUGCCUGAACCAAGAUGGGUCAUAUCAAUGGGAAGCUGUGCAAAUGGUGGAGGUUACUAUCACUAUUCAUAUUCUGUUGUAAGGGGAUGUGACAGAAUUAUCCCAGUGGACAUUUAUGUACCAGGUUGUCCACCGACAGCUGAAGCACUCCUGUAUGGAAUACUCCAAUUACAAAAGAAAGUUAAGCGAAUGAAGACACUGCAGAUGUGGUACAGAAAGUAAAUUACUUAGAUGAGCAGUGCUUUCCUCUUUAACACAGUGUUAAAAGGAAUUUGUACCCUAAUAUUUAUUGUAAUUAUGUAAAGUUUAUAAUAUUAAAAUAUUUCAUCUAAAAUA